UGCGUGCAGUUAGAGGCUUUGACGCCACGCGAUAGCUCUCUCGCUCCCUCUCUCUCUCUCGCUCGCUCUCCCUCCCUCUCUCUUAGAGGCGGGGCAUUUAAGUCGUCCUGUUCAUUAGCCCCCGAGGGCACUCAUUUACAGCCAGCCGUGUCUUCUCGUGCAGUGUUUUGUUAGAUAUAUAUGUAUACACACAACGUAUUUUUUUAUAUAUAUACACUCGCACGCGAGCGCACACACGCGCGCACCGCUCACUCACUCACACGCGCGCACACUCGCUCACUCACGCGCGCACACACACUCGCACACUCACGCGCGCACACUCACUCACACACACUCGUACACUCACUCGCACACUCGCUCGCUCGCUCAGACGCACACAGAAGACGAGAGGGAGUCGCUAAUCUGGGGCCGUUGCCCGCGGGAGCCGAGGAGGCGCGCGAGCCAUGAGCGGCUGAUCCCACGCGCGAGGCGACCGAACGGAGUUUCUCGCGCGAUGACCCCCGUGCGAGGCUGAAGCGGGCAGCAGUGGAUAGAGCAAAGGUGCCCGAGACACAAGAACGACAGACAAGAGACCCACACAGCCUCCCCCGUAUAGCCUACAACAGGCUGCUGAGGGACAGUGCCUGUCAUCGAGCACCCAGUACCGACAGCGAGAGGACACCACAGAGCGAGAGGGGACACUUUCAUCAGAAGAUCGAUCGGGGUUGCGGGGGGGGGCAGGGCGAGUGGGGGGUGGUGGCUCUGGUACGUGUAGGAGAACAACACCGGCCGUGAAUAAACUUCAGAGCCACUGACUCAUCCCCCCCCAGCCCCCGCCCCCCCCCCCGAUGGCUUCCGUGUCCGUCGAAUACGCGGCCACGCGGUCCGUGCAGCCUCCCGACUCGAGCGCGCAGCACGACGCAGACGCGAUGGACGGCGUCUCGCCGCUGCUCGGCCUCGCCAACCUGCAGCCGCUCACCUCGAUGAGCGACGGCCUGCGCGCCUGGGAGGGUCUGGCGCUCGGCGCGGCAGGCAUCGGUCUGGGCGCGUCGUGUUUGAGCGAGGCCGGCUCAGCGCUGGGCGCGAGCCACCCGCCCUCGGCAUCGUCCGUAGCUCCUCCGCCGCUCUUCACGCCCGAGCAGGUGGCGUGCGUCUGCGAGGCGCUGCAGCAGAGCGGCGACACGGAGCGCCUCGCUCGCUUCCUCACCGCCCUCCCUCCCUCGUGCGAGCAGCUCAGCCGCAGCGACAGCGUGAUGAAGGCGCGGGCCCUGGUGGCCUUCCAGCAGGGCCGCUACGCCGAGCUCUACGCCAUCCUCGAGUCGCACGGCUUCGCGCCGCAGUGCCACGCUGCGUUGCAGCAGCUCUGGUACCGCGCGCGCUACUCGGAGGCGGCCAGGGCGCGCGGCAGGCCCCUGGGAGCGGUCGAGAAGUAUCGGCUCCGUCGGAAAUUCCCGCUGCCGCGAACGAUCUGGGACGGCGAGGAGACGGUGUACUGCUUCAAGGAGAGGUCCAGGCAGGUGCUCAAGGAGUGCUACGAGAGGAACCGCUACCCGGGCCCGGCCGAGAAGAGGGAGCUGUCUCGGCUCACGGGAUUGUCCCUCACGCAAGUCAGCAACUGGUUCAAGAACCGCAGGCAGAGGGAGAGAGGCGCUCCGGCGAAGGGAGACGCCACGGGCAGCUCCCACCAGGCCGAAGACGGACCUCGCAAGAGCCCCGAGGACCUCGAAGAUUCCUCCUUCUCCGAGACGGACGGAGACGGGACCCCUCCCUCGUCGUCUUCGUCGCGCGACUUCCCGGGCCAGCCCUGCGCCACGGCGCUGGGCAGCGACUACCCCGCGGGGCAGCCCCACGGCACCCCGCACGGACACCCGCACGACCAGGAGUCGAACCAGCACCCCGCGCAUCUGCAGGCCUUCUUCAACGCGAGCAUCCACGCCGCGUCCCCUUACCUGCUGGCGCACGGGGCCGGCGGUUUGUCGCUGGGUGGCCUCGGCAUGGAGGCUCUGUGUGGGCUCAACAUGCACUCGAGUGUAGGCGACAUGCAGGCCGGGAGAGCGGACGCAACGGAUUGCUAUUCGGGGAUGCAGCAGCAGCAGCAGCAGCAUCAUCACCAUCAGCAGCAGCAGCAUCAUCAUCAGCAGCAACAUCAUCAUCAGCAGCAGGAGCAACAACAUCAGCAGCAUCAUCAGCAGCAGCAUCAUCAGAUAGGGCGAGCAGCUCACAGCGUCAUAUUUAAAGGACCGUCGGGUUUGCAGCAUCAUCAUCAUCAGCAGCAGCAGGAAGAGGAACACCACAGCAUGGCUUUCAACGGGGCGGAUAAAAUGUACCCAAGUCCCAGCGGAGUGCUGGACAGCGCCCACCUGGGCAUCGUGGAUGACGGCACGAGGGUGGAGGAUGAGACGCGCGGUGGCUUUUUCGGCUACACGCCCUUCGCCGCUGCAGCGCCGCCGGUGACUCCGCCGUUGUCGUCGUCGACGCCGCCGCCAACAGCGUCGUCGUCAUCGGCAUCGUCUUCGGUGGCGGCGGCGAACCCAACAACGUCGUCGUCGUCGUCGUCAUCGGCAACCGCAUCGUCGCCUCCCUUGUCCUCGUCGACGAUGGCGGCGACGUUGGCCAUCGGCGAGGCGGCCUCGCCGACGGGCGGAGUCGCGAGCGGGUUCCACGAGAUGAUGGCGGCGGCGGCGGCGGCCGCGGCGGCCGAGGGCGCCGGCUCUCUGCGGGAGGCGUCAGAGGCCCGGGACGAUUCGCCGCUUAGGCCCGAGCCGGGCUCGAGCCCGUGCCAAGGAGGCUCUCAGGACGAGGGCUCGGAGAUCAAAAUCAUCGCCGAACUUCAGACGGUGCCCUUCGUCGAGCAGCUGUCGAGCGUCUGAGAGACGAGAGGGGCGAGCCGUCGGCACCAUGCCGAAGUUGGGAUGAGUGGUUCAUUUUGACCGCGCGGCCCAAAACGGAGACGGUUCUUGUCUGGAGCUCACCACGUUUGUCAACAACACUGCCCCUCCUGCCUUUGACAAGUGGCUCUUCUUCACAGCAGAGGAAAAGCACAGAGACAUCUCUGAUAUUAAGAAGGGCCAUUGUCCGAAACGUUGUUUUUUUGUAUAUCCAUGUUUUCGCCCUUUAAUAUAUAAUAUAUAUCCCCCCCCCCCCCCGCACCAGUAAAGACAGUUUAAUUGAUGAAUAUGUUGCAUUUUUUGGUUUAGUUAUUUAUGCUUAUGCACCACUGCCAAUGCAGUAUCACACACGAAAACAUAUAAUUUAUCCUUGAGAGAUACGUCGAGAUUGUGGGUUCCAGGCUGUUUCAUAUUAGUGUGGAGCUUCGGUAAUGAUAGAUAGAACAAAACAAACUUACAAUCACACAGGCGUGCCACCAAAGCGCUGCGGUGACGUUCACAGGAAUGACUUGUGAACAAGUCAAGCUUCCCUCGUUCUAUGCGGGUUCGGUUUGUGGAGAUUUCACACAAGAUGCGGCGAACAUAUUUCUACCCCAUGAAUUCGCUACAUUAUGCGGGCUGAUUUUAUGCGGCUAUGCGGCCGGACGUGGGACAAGAUUGUGCGCGUACUUUGUGUGUACUGCGUGUGUACGGUAUGUACUGCGUGUGUACUGCGUGUGUACGGAAUGUUACUGCGU